AUGAGAAAAGAAGCAGUCCUGACGUUGGCUCUCACCUGGGCCUUGGUGGCGGGAUCCCAGCCCCUUGAAGCGGGAGCCGCGAAAGAGCACGCUGCCACCGAAAGCCGGAAGUGCCCCAGCCCGUGCUUCUGCAGCCACGACGACUGCAACGAUGAGCUCAGCAUCUACUGCAGUUCUCGGAACCUCACGAGCAUCCCUGGAGAUGUACCCAGGGCCGUGCGGCUGCUGUGGCUGGACGGCAACAAUUUCACCUCCUUGCCAGCCCUGACCUUCCGUAACCUCUCCAACCUGGAAUUCCUCAACCUUCAGGGCAGCCAGUUGACACUCAUUGAGCAGCAUGCCUUCCAUGGCCUGGAAGGGCUCUACUCCUUAUACCUGGAACGCAACCGUCUGAAAGCGUUGACGCCCAACAUCUUCCUCCACCUGCAGAACCUGGCCUCCUUAAACCUCAACAACAACCAGUUCGCCAAGAUGGAAGAAGGUGUGUUUGCCGGGCUGUCCAACCUCUGGUAUUUGAACCUGGGAUGGAACUCCUUGGUGGUCUUGCCGGACAGAGUCUUUCACGACCUGCCCAACCUGAGGGAACUAGUUCUGGCCAGCAACAAGCUGCACUACCUGCAGCAUCAGCUGUUCUACAGCCUCACCGAGCUGAGGGAGCUGGACCUGAGUGGGAACAGCCUCAAGGGCAUCAAAGGGAACAUCUUCACGAAGCUUCAGAAGCUGCAGAAGCUCUACCUGCACCACAAUCAAAUCAACGCGGUCGCCCCCCGUGCCUUCAUGGGCAUGAAGUCUCUGCGGUGGCUGGACCUGUCCCAUAACCGCCUGACCACGCUGUUCGAGGACACGUUCUUCGGCCUCUCGACGCUGCACGUCUUGCGCCUCUCCAGCAAUUCGAUCGCUGGCUUGAGGCCGAGGACCUUCAGAGACCUCCAGUUCUUGGAAGAGCUGCAGCUGGGAAGCAACAGGAUCAGGAGCCUGGCGGAGAGGGGUUUUGAGAAGCUGGGUCAGCUGGAGGUGCUGGCCCUCAACGACAACCAGAUCCAAGAGAUCCGGGCCGGGGCAUUCCUGCUGUUCUUGCGGCACAACGCAAUCGCCGUGAUUGAGGAGCACAGCCUAAGCGAUCUGCGUGAUCUCCUCGAUCUGGACCUGAAGAACAACCGGCUGACCAGGCUCCUCCCCAACCAGCUGGCGGGCCUGGGGAACCUGGAGUAUCUUCUCCUGUCCUCCAACCAGCUGCUGGAAAUCUCUCCUGAAGCCUUCACUCCGCUUCGGUGCCUCUCCUGGCUUGACCUCUCCAACAAUUACUUGGAGACAUUGGACGGGGACGUCCUCACGCCCUUAUCGAAACUGGAGUAUCUGAAUGUCAAGAACAACUCGCUCCGGACCUUCUCAGUGGGUUGGCUGGGCCCUUCCCCCAGACUGGCUCAGCUGUGGCUAGAAAGGAACAAAUGGGACUGCAAUUGCUCGCUGAAAGGCCUACGAGACUUUGCUUUGCAGAACCCCACCGUGGUCCUGCGGUACACGCAGUCUGUCACGGAAGGGGACACUCCAGUGUACUCGUACAACAAUGUCACCUGCCUUAACCCAGCAGACGUGAUGGGGCUGGACCUGCGGGACGUCCCUGAAGGCCAUUUUGUCGAUUGCUAA